CGGAGAAUCAGGUCGCCUGGCAACCGUCCGCUGGCCUUGCCGGAGACUGGCACAAGGACACUGACCAAACCAGUUACAGACCGGACUGGACCCUGGACCCGGGAGCGAAAGUUGGAAGUAAUACCUAAACCUGCUUCUGGACAUGGUACUAAAACGGAGUUCUUACUGAGAGUUUCAGUUACACAGAAACCAUGGUUCGACUGACUCUGGAUUUAAUUGCCAAAAGCAGCAAUAUUAAACCCCGAAAAGAAGAAACCAACGCACAAUGCCUGAAGAAAUUAACGCACAUAAAUUUUUCAGACAGAAAUAUAGAUUCAAUUGACGACCUCUCUCUCUGCAAAAACCUGAGCGUUUUAUACUUAUAUGAUAACCGCAUUAGUGCCAUCACCAACCUGAACUAUUCCACGAAUCUGACCCACUUGUAUCUGCAGAACAAUUGCAUUUCCUGCAUCGAGAACCUCAGGUCCCUGAAGAGACUGGAGAAACUGUACCUGGGAGGCAAUUACAUUGCAGUCGUAGAAGGUUUAGAAGGACUGGAAGAACUGAGAGAGCUGCAUGUUGAAAGCCAGAGGCUUCCACUGGGAGAAAAGCUUCUGUUUGACCCCAGGACUCUCCGUUCUCUGGCAAAAUCCCUCUCUAUUUUGAAUAUCAGCAACAAUAAUAUUGAUGACAUAAAAGACUUAGAGUUGCUGGAGAAUCUGAACCACCUGAUCGCCGUUGACAACCAGCUGGUGCAUGUGAAGGAUUUGGAGCUUUUACUGAAAAAACUGAUGAAGCUGUGGAAAAUGGAUCUAAAUGGAAAUCCUGUUUGUCUUAAACCAAAAUACAGGGACAAACUGAUACUGAUGUCCAAGUCCCUGGAAUUUCUUGAUGGAAAAGAAAUAAAAAAUCUGGAAAGACAAUUCCUUACGAAUUGGAAAGCAUCCAAAGAUGCCAAGAAAAUCAGCAAGAAAAAGAGCAGUAAGAAUGAGGAUCGGAGCGACUCCUACAUAAGUAACUUUGAAACAAUACAUCACAUAGUUCCUGUUUAUUACCCGCAGGUGGGUAAGCCAAAGGUAGUCUUUUUCUCUGAUGCACAGAGAUACUUAGCAAGUGCAAAUCCAUCUUCAGAAUGUUCCCAAGAAGAUAAAACUAAAAUUACUGAAGACAUGGGGAAUAUGUCCUUGAAGGAGUCUGAAAGCUUGGUAACAAAAAGCGAUAUCCACGAACCUCACCUCCGAAACCCAAAAGUAAAGGAACAUUUGUGUGAGGAAAAGGAGUCAGUUCAGCCUGGCGUGAUUUGAUUUCGUCCUAGAACUAGGCAACAGCGUGGCGUGAGGGUUUGUAGAGCGGUUAUCUCGGUGUAUACCUUCCUGUUUGAUUUGUUUCUUUAUUGAAACCGAGACUUUCCGUGUGUGAAUUCCGGGAUCUAUUUACUUUAUUAGUUGUUAAAUAAA